AGUGGUAACACCCUAAAUACUAUUGUUGUUCUCUUAGGAAACGUACAGGGAAAAACUUCAAACCAUGGUAAUAAGAAGGCACCUGGAGCUCAAAACAUGAGCCAGUUGCGAGCCACAAAGCCUGGACUUUUUGUGUGCACAGCCAUCUGCAUUUUCAUUUUUCUUUAUAUAUGGAAUCCAGCUCCCGAGGAACCAGAGGAGCAGCCCACCUAUCCAGCAGUAGUGGAAUGUGGCUUUUAUCCAGAUGAAUUGUGUUCAGCUUUAUUUGAAGGGAAGGGGGCAGCCCCCCAAAUUGCAAAAUUUUGUAAGCAACCUCAUGGACCUGAAAUCCUUGCUCAUUUACGCACACCAGAGAACUGCUCCAGGAUUUCCCAGGCAUUGCAUUUCAUAACCAGACCCCUGUCUGCAGAAGAGGGCAAUUUCUCUUUGGCAUAUAUUAUAACUAUUCACAAGGAGCUGGCUAUGUUUGUGCAGCUUCUCAGAGCUAUCUAUGUACCUCAAAAUGUUUACUGUAUUCAUGUAGAUGACAAGGCCCCAAAGAAGUACAAGACUGCUGUGCAAACCCUGGUUAAUUGUUUUGAAAAUAUUUUUAUUUCAUCAAAGAGAGGGAAAGUGGCGUACACUGGCUUUACAAGACUGCAAGCAGAUAUUAAUUGUAUGAAAGACCUAAUCCAUUCCAAAUUUCAAUGGAACUAUGUCAUUAAUCUUUGUGGACAGGAUUUUCCAAUCAAAAGCAACAAAGAAAUAAUAUUCUACCUCAGAAGCAAAUGGAAUGAUAAAAAUAUCACCCCUGGAGUGAUCCAACCACCAAACGCUAAAGCCCAGACAAGGCAAAGUCAUCCAGAAUUCACUGCUGAAGGAAGUAUCUAUGUGUCUCCAAAUAAGAGAUUUAAACAUGAACCACCCCAUAACUUAACAAUUUAUUUUGGAAGCCCCUACUAUGUACUAACGAGGAAGUUUGUGGAGUUUGCACUGACUGACACCCGUGCACAAGCCAUGCUUCAGUGGUCCAAAGGCAUCCACAGCCCAGAGCGGCACUACUGGGUGACUCUGAACCGCCUCAAAGAUGCUCCAGGUGCUACACCAACUGCUGGCUGGAAAGGAAACAUUCACGCCACUAAAUGGAGACACCAGGAGGGAGGCGUUCACAAGGGAUGUAAAGGUCACUACGUCCAGGACAGCUGUGUAUACGGACCAGGAGACCUGCCAUGGAUCAUUGAAUCGCCUGCUUUGUUUGCCCACAAAUUCGACUCCUUGACAGACCCUCUUGUGGUUACGUGCUUGGAGAGGCGGCAUAGACUCAAAGUGCUACAGCAGGCAGAGGUUCCUCUGGAACCACACUGGCAUUUUCAACAGGAGAGUCACUUUAACAUGAAACUGAACUGCUGA